CUUUUCAACCGCUGGUAUUAUAUCGGUAAAGUCAUCAUUUGAUUCAAGUUCGUACUAUAUAGAGCUCAAUGAUAUGAUAUAUACUUGUGUGAUGAAAGAUAAUACACGUGGUUAGUUCUGUUAUACAUCAAAGUUUGAAAAAAAAAUGCCGGCCAAAAUAAAAAACAGAGUACUUACAUAUGAAGGUAGCAAUUACCUCAGAUAUCGUUUACUUCUAUCCACAUUAUCUGGGAAACCAGUAAGAAUUACAAAUAUUAGAACGAAAGAUGUUGAUCCUGGUCUUAAAGAAUAUGAAAUUAGUUUUAUUCGUCUGUUGGACAAGAUUACUAAUGGUACAAAAAUUGAAGUAAAUGAAACUGGUACCGAUAUAUAUUACAGUCCUGGUUUAUUAAAUGGUGGUGAAUUGGAGCAUGACUGUAGCUUACAAAGAGGUAUUGGAUAUUACUUGGAAGGAAUUAUAAUACUUGCUCCAUUUUGUAAAAAUUGUAUUAAUUUAAAGCUGAGAGGAGUGACUGAUAACACUAUAGAUCCAUCAGUAGACAGAAUACAGACCGCUGGUAUACCAAUACUGAAAAAAUUUCUAGCAGGGGAUAAUGAAGUUGUAUUAACCAUUCGUAAGAGAGGAGUAGCACCUUUAGGAGGUGGAGAAAUACACUUUAAAUGCCCCAUUAGUCGUAAUCUUAAAACAAUUCAGAUGGAAGACAGUGGAAUGGUGAAACGUGUUAGGGGUACUGCAUGUAGCAUAAGAGUUUCUCCAGCAAUUGCUAAUCGUAUUGUUGAAUCGGCGAAAAGUGUUCUCCUCAAGUUUCUACCAGAUGUAUAUAUUUAUAUAGAUCAUUGUAGAGGAUCAACUAGUGGAAAGUCCCCAGGUUUUGGAGUGACAUUGACAGCAGAUACUACUAAAGAAGUAUUUUUUAGUGGACAAGCAUUUUCUCCAUUAAUGACAACAGGUUCAUUGCCAUGUGUACCUGAAGAUCUCGGCAAAGAAGCUGCAAUGAAACUUUUAGAUGAAAUUUAUAGGAAUGGAUGUGUAGAUUCUCCUUUUCAAAGCAUGACUGCUGCAUUUAUGGCUCUUGGUAAAAAGGAUGUUUGUAAAGUUAUAAUGGGACCAUUAACUCCAGUAUAUAUUUAA